GUUGGCUGAUAAUAUAGUGUAAAAAUGUCUAUAAAGAUAUUGUUAUGGGUAGUUGUGUUAAAAGUGUGUUUUUCUGUAGAGUGUGGGAGGGUGAAACGUGUAGUAGGAGGAGUGGAAGUCGAAUGUGGCACACAACCGCGCGUGGCGUCUCUGCGGAACAGUACAUCUCUACAGCACCUAUGCGGCGCUACGGUGCUUACCGCAGAACUUGCGUUAACCGCGGCUCAUUGCGUCCACUUCAACCAUGACCAGUACUUGUUGCAAUUGAACAACCACUGCGAAGGGCCGCCCCCCAGAGCUCACAUCUUGGAGAUUAUACCACAUGCAUCAUAUGACAAGGCAUCACGGUCGCACGAUCUGGCGCUACUGCGAAUACAGCUCGAACGGGAUGACAUAACCUGGCUGGGCGACGUAUUACCUCAAUCCUCUUUCGGCGUUUCAGGUCAAUGUGCAAUUUAUGGCUACGGCACUCGAGAUCCGCUGUCUUCCGAGACCUCAGAAGUCCUGAUGGCUGGCGAUGUGAAGAUCGUCUCCUUGGACGAGUGUACGUCAGCCCUCGGACCAAUAGCUCCCGCUUACGAUGCCGGCAUGGUGUGUGCUCUUGGAGAGGCGAUGGAUGCUUGUCAGGGUGAUUCUGGAAGUCCACUGAUAUGCGAGUCGGCGAUACAAGGCAUCAGCAGCUACGGGCUCAGUUGCGGCGUGCGAGGCGUGCCGGGAGUCUACACUAGUAUAGGGCCACAUUUGACAUGGAUCCGUGACGUCAUUCGCAAGUCCAACAUAGUAUAAAACUAUUUAAUAAGGGACUUUCCAGGCUACGUUCCCAAAAAAUAUACAGAUGGCGCUGAGAUAAUUACCUAUUUUCUUCAAAAAUAUAAUCUAAUGGCAGAGGCAUUAAAUGAUGAUUAAAUGAUCUGAUGUGAUUUUCUUCAACAAAACCCCAAUUGCUUCCAUUAUCACUUCAUUCCGGACAAAAAUUGAGACUAUAUUUUUUUUACCUGGAUUGCAAGUAGCAUGUCUAUUGGAGGCACAAAAACACUUCCGAGUGCGAAGCUUUCACUAUUUACAACAA